GGGGAGGGAAUAGUCCUUGCCCAUUCUGCUCCAGUCCAGAGUUUCAAUCCAACCUCACUAAUGUUCACUAUUGUGCAGUUAGAAAUCAUAGGUCCUUUGUGUUUAAGGACCUGGUAGGGAAAUGAUUUACAACUACCCAAACAAGCAAACUGAUCUUCCUGACAGAGUCCUCACUGGACAGAGCACAUGCUAGUCACGUCCACACUUUGAGCUGGGGAAGAGCAACAUUGGGGUUUCAUUGGUGAUGAUAAUAGAUGUCAGACUGUCAUAUGAAUAUUGAUGCGAAAGCUAGUCUGCUUUCGUAGAGGAGCAGAAGGAAGCAAGAUGGCUGCCCUUUAGGAUUUGUUUGAAAGGAGACAGAUUGUACUUUGCUGGAUUUCUGCGACGCUGAGGGAGAUACAGAGGCUGGAGCUAUUUUUAUGUACCAGUUUUGAAGUGUUUUGUGAGAACCCAGUAAAGGGAUAGUGGUACCGUGGAACAGAUACGUUCAGUGGGUAACCUUGUGGAUGGCCCUCAAGCAGACCAGAUGGAACAGGAAAGAGCCAGUCAUGUCGAGGACAAGAGACUGAGUCCAGUAUUACCGAUACAUUAUCACUCUCCAGAGCACCACACUGAGAACCUACCAGUGAAAGGUGAGAAUGGAAAAGAGUUAAACCAACUGCCAGAAGUACAGCAACACCAGGUCAAUGGAGAUUGCAAAGGGGAUGGUGUGAAAAGCAGCUACGUACAGAGCCAUGCUCAGGAAAGUGAGGAAAACUGUGACAGCCCCAAGCCUCAGCAAGAAAAGCUAGGAUUUCCCCAGUGUAUUCAGAAUGGUGGCGUAAAGCAUGUCCUCAGUGAGUCUUCAUCAUGUGGGCUUCAACAAUCGAAGAAAAUCAAGCUGGAUGAAGAGCCAAAUGGUCAAGAUCCAGACAUAGAGAAUCAGGAGGCCAAACUGAAAGGGUGUAUCCGAGGUCAGAGUGAACUAUGGGAGUUUGAAGAGCAGAAUUUGCCUGGGAACACAAUCAAGCCUCCAAGUUCUGACAGUGAAGAUCCUGGAUAUCUCCAGCCACAACCAAACGAACACAACAAACUGGAAAAGAACAUUGCCAGUUACAAAAAUGGAGACAUCCUCUCACUCCUCGAAAGCAAACAGGUGCCAGUCCCAAAUGGUGCUACAAGUUCCACAUCUUCCAUAGACAUCCAACAAGGUGGUCUCGGAGACAGAGCACUCUCUCGGUGCUAUCCAGAGUACUUGUUUACUGCAGCACGCAAUGUUACAUCUCAUGAAUACACAAGAACAACUCAGACCAUCACUGAACUGUCAUGGAGGACAACUCACACAUCACAUACCUCGUACACAUUGAAAACAGAAGGGCAGCUGAAGCAGCAGAUAGAACAGCUGCCAGCAACCAAGAGCCAAGAGCCACAGAGCUCCGCAGGGCAGGUGCCCAGCCAGAGUUAUCCUGUGGUAUCUACCAAGUGUUUACACCCGCAGACCAGCAGCCCGAGCACUGUGUGCUUCACAAAGAUGUCAGAAGCCCCUGACACACUUUCCAGGGGGAGUACAAUGUUUAUUGGUGCUACAGGCAGGUCAGACAGUUUGUUGCAGGCUGCGGAGGGACAUCGUUUACAUCCCGACAGACAGACCAGCAACGUUACUGAUAACCGCCAUGUGACCGGCAACCUGUGCCAACCAGAGGUGCUGAACAACAGGCCAUUGUCGGAGCAGGCAGACGCCAGUGCCUCAGGGCAGCUGCAACCUGCACGGCCAAAGCUGCCCAGCAAAGAGCCGGAGCAACCCAGCCUGACUGAGAAUGGUGCCAUUUCUUCUCAGCAGCUAACACAGCAGCACUGCGCCAGUGCGCAGGUCAGAGAGGCAGCUGAGCAGCUGCUGCCUGACGCUUGGCUGCAGCUCCAGUAUGAAUACCAACUGCUCCACCAACAGAGGCAGCUUCACCAGCAGCAGUUAGAUCAGUGUAGUCAGCAAAAUCCCCUUUUGUGGCCCAACUCGGAGAGCUGUGGGCAGCAGACCCACUCACAGCUACAGCAACUGGAAUCUCCUCCAGAGGUCAGGGACCCACCUUCACAGGAGGGUCAAAGUUCGCCUUUGAGCAGGCAGCACCUGCACCAGCUCCAAAUUUCCCCAGAUCAGGGGUCGGCUCACCCACACUCACUGAGUAGGCAGGAGCAUCUGUGCAGCAAUGGGCAAGCUACCAAUGAGCAGCGGGCAGAACCAAACGUCCAACUUCAAAGGCCAAGAAUGGGACAGCAUCCAGCUGAGCCAGCAGGGUCAGAGAUACAUCAGUAUCGGCCACAGUCUGCCCCACAGCGACUCUUGCAAGGCCAACAGGACAAGUCAGAGACCCUACUGGGAAAAAGGUCACUGCCACUAAAGGUGGCUCUGAGCCGGCCCCAUUCAGUCCCUCAGCAGCAGGACAUGGUCACUGUGAAGUCCCGCCUCCAAUCCUGGCAUUUACCACAAAACUCACUGGCACAGGAACGGCAGGCAUCAGUACCAGAGAGGGGGCCCAUUCCCCACCUGUGGCUGCACCGUCAACAAGCACAGAUGUCAAACAUCCAACAACUACAGCAGCUUCCUCCAGAUCCCAGUCAGAAUGUGGUGCCAACCAUUAAAAGUGAUCACCAUCAAUAUCAAAGUGGCGCUGAGCAACAAUGUGGUUCUAGCUUAAAGCCAGUGGAGCUCAUCAAAACGGAAAACCCAGUGGGAAUGCUGAACGAGCAACAACCUCAUCCAAUGCAGAAACAAAAGAGCCCACAUUACAAUAUUUACAGUAAUAUUCCCCUUCACAGAAAACUCAUCGAGUCUCAAUUAAACAAGCUCAUCCCAACUCAUUGUAGUAACAGGCAACUCACCCAGGAGGGGGCAGGACCACUCAACAGGGAAGAAAGCAGCGCAAACCAAGAUCUUCAGCUUCCAAACAAAGCCAACGGUCUGCAGGAAAUUCAGUAUAUUCAGCAGGGUUCAGGGCAAGCUCAGCAAUUAAAGCAACAGGUGCAUCAUAUGUCUGUUAUCCAACAGACCCAGCAGCCACUGACACAUCAGCAACAUUCACAGCGACAAGCUGAACUGAUCCAGCCAGUUUCUGCCCAUAGGAUGGAGCCAGACAACUCAGUCCCUCACCCACCUCCAACACCGGGGCAAUUGCUCCGUGGCUCACGAAGCCCCCAGUGCCCAUCCAGCAUUCUGAAGGAAGAUGAGUUUCAGACAAACGCAGCACUUAAAGCUCAUUUAUUGCAACAGGGGGAAUUUCAAAAGGGAAUGUACCAACAAAGAAUGCAGGUUCUCAAAGGACCUCAAAAAGUAAUCAAGGUUGAGAAAGAAUCUCCAACAGCCCCUUCCACAACUGUAACCAGUGCCCAGCUGAAAGAUGACCCAGAGAAAAUGAACCUUAUUAAACAGCAGAGCCAGCAAUUCAGCUGUGACCACCAGAAGCAAGAAAGGAGCAUCAUUGAAGAACUAGAGCAGCGCUUCAAGGAGUACCAGCUCUCCUCGCCCUUUGAGCGACAACCAGGUGUCAUCAGAUCACCCAAGCAAGUGAAGGUGGAAACCUCAGGAUCUAUCACUGUUUUGACUGCCACUGCAGACUUCGAGUCCGAUAUAGGCGGUGACUGUACCUCAGCACUACAAACCAGUUCGUCUACUGAAGCCACACCAACUAAAAGGCGGCCAGGAUCCACAUUGAGUAAUUUUUUAGAGUCGCCCUUAAAAUAUUUGGACACCCCUGUAAAGAACCUACUGGACACCCCAAAAAAGACCCAGUAUGAUGUGCCAGCAUGCAGCUGUGUUGAACAAAUCAGUGAAAAAGAUGAAGGUCCUUACUACACACACCUUGGAGCAGGCCGGAAUGUAGCAGAAAUUCGAGAGCUAAUGGAAAACAGGUUGAGUGAGAAAGGCAAUGCCAUCAGAAUAGAGAAAAUAAUUUACACGGGGAAAGAGGGCAAAAGCAGUCAAGGAUGUCCUAUUGCAAAAUGGGUGAUUCGGCGAAGUUGUGUCGAAGAGAAAUUGCUCUGCCUGGUACGAGAGCGAGCUGGCCAUUCCUGUGACACAGCGGUGGUUAUCGUCUUGAUCCUGGUGUGGGAAGGAAUCCCUUUGCAAUUUGCCGACAGAUUGUACGUGGAGCUUACCGAAACCCUGAGGAAGCAUGGCGCCCUGACAAGCCGCAGAUGUGCACUAAAUGAAGAACGAACAUGUGCUUGCCAAGGGCUGAACCAAGACACUUGCGGAGCUUCGUUUUCCUUCGGCUGUUCCUGGAGUAUGUACUAUAACGGGUGUAAGUUCGCAAGAAGUAAAGCUCCCAGGAAAUUCCGGCUACUCGGUGAUGAUCCCAAAGAGGAGGAAAAGCUAGAGUCGAAUCUGCAAAACCUGGCAAACUUAUUGGCACCUGUUUACAAGAGGUUUGCCCCAGAAGCUUUCAACAACCAAGUUGAAUUUGAGCAGAGGGCGAUAGACUGCCGGCUUGGCCAGGUGGAGGGCCAUCCAUUCUCAGGGGUGACUGCUUGUGUAGAUUUUUGUGCUCAUGCUCAUAGGGAUUUGCACAACAUGCAGAAUGGAAGCACAGUGGUUUGUACACUUACCAAAGAAGACAAUCGGGUUAUUGGCCAAAUACCAGACGACGAACAGCUCCACGUGCUGCCUUUGUACAAAAUCUCUCCCACCGAUGAGUUUGGAAGCAUGGAAGCUCAGGAUGAAAAGAUCAAGCAAGGUUCUAUUCAGGUGCUAAGCUCCUUCCCCCGUGUGGUGAGAAUGUUGGCCCGCCCCGUGAAAACCGGGCGGCAGAAGAAGGAAGCCAAGAAGGCAGCUGCAGCAGCCGCAGCGGCGGAAAGGCUCUUGAAUCAGGAGAACAGCGCCACAAAAGCAGAAAAGGGCCAUUCGACAGCAGCGCGAUCAAAUCAAGCCGGCUCAGAGAAUGUAACAGCCAGCCAGCAGAUGCCAAGUAAUAUAGGUCGCGUCAUUCCUCCAACUAUUCAGCAACAUUCAGUGCCCAGUUUCUACCAAUCUGCCCCAUCAAGCACUUACCCAGGUUACCAGUGUAAUGGAAGCACACCAAUUGACAACUUUCACCAUUAUAUGGGAACUUACUAUCCCUCACUCGCACAUCAUGUGGACAUGUACCGUUACCAAGUUCCAAUGAACAAACUUACCCUGCCACCAAUUCAGACACUCUAUCAGCAGUUUUCAAAUUCUUACAGGUAUGGCAAUAAUCAGAUGUGUAUGGGCAGAUUUUGUAACUAUGGUAUGCAGGUUAACGGCUACAGUGGUUGCCCAAUUGAUAACAGAAUACCAAACAUCCAACAUUAUCCUCAUUACGAUUCUUCCCCUCAAGUUGAGACCCAGCUAACGGAACCUGCUUCUAAAUCAGUGUCAAAUUUGAGUCAUCAGACUUUGGUUCACUCGGCAGUAGCUCGUGGCAGCCAAUACCCUUCAUAUACAAGUUCUUACCGAGCAAAUGAUCAUCAUCCUGCUAAUUCUUUCCAGAUAGAAAAUAAAGAGAAUGAACUUAGUAUGCUUGGAGCUAAUGGUAUUUCAAGGCUUCCUUCAUCACUUAAUUACGACAUGGCUAAUACUUCACAAGCAGAAGUAGCUGCAACCGUCAAUCUCAGAGUUCCAGAAAACACUUCUCAAAUGCCUUCACAAAAUGAGGUACCUGUUCCAGAAGAACCUCAAGAGGUUUGGUCAGACAGUGAACAUAACUUCCUAGAUAAAGAUAUUGGAGGGGUUGCUGUGGCACCAUGCCAUGGGUCCAUUCUUAUUGAGUGUGCAAAACGCGAACUACAUGCAACAACCCCAUUGAAGAACCCCAACAGAAAUCACCCAACAAGGAUCUCUCUUGUAUUUUAUCAACACAAAAGUAUGAAUGAGCCAAAACAUGGAUUAGCACUCUGGGAGGCCAAGAUGGCAGAUAAAGCCAGAGAAAGAGAAGAAGAAGCAGAGAGGCUUGGUGUGGAUUAUGUGCCUACCAAAUCUUACAGCAAGAAAGCAAAACGAGAGGUCCCAGAAUCGCAUGAACCUAUAGAGCCACCACAGAUACGUUUUAUGAAGACUCUUGCACAAAGGACUAUGACUUUCACAACAAACUCAGUAACUACAGCGUUCCCAUAUGCCUUCACACGGGUUACAGGGCCUUACAGUCGAUGGAUAUAGCUUCCUACUCACUUGGGUUACCUCAUAUUCUGUCUAGCAUUUGGCAAGGCAGCUGUGCUAUACCCAAUGAGGAAAAGAAACAGUGUUUUUUUUGGGGCACUGGAAGAAAGAGUAACACACCAGCAAAUGGAGACAGCCUGCUAAACACUUACCCUGUAUCCCAGCUCAACUGUUAAAGAGUGUUCACAGUAAGGACCCAGCUGAAAAGCGUCCUAUGCAAAAAGUGCUGUUUCAGAACAUCAUUCUGGAAUAUAGAUGCAUGCAGAGUCUUUCUGUAAAUUAAUUUAAUCAAAAUAUUUAUGCCAGACACAAGUGACCUCUAAUGUCAUUAAUGAGCCUAUUCUUUGGAAGCAGGGCAGGAAGAGAAGCUAAUCCUCUGGUGCUGAGUAUUACCGUUACCAGGGUAACAUUUAAAAGCUACAAUUUCCAACAUGUAGUUUUUGUUACAUAAAAUGUCUAUCAAACUCUUAGCAGUUUGUUUUGCCUUUCUCUAUAUAUUGUUUGCAGAUAACAGUCAACUCAAACAGCUAGAACCGAUUUUAGUUGACUAGUCAGGAAAAACACUGAAAAGUUUGAAGAUCAUGGUGCUAUGAAAAGUUUGAAGACCAUGGUGCUAUAUUGAGAGGAUUUUUAACAUCUUUGAUGUAAAUCUCAAAUGCCAUUUAAAUGGUUUCAUAAUAAUUAACAUUUUUCAAUUGAUUAAUUGAUGCUGAGGUGUCCUUUCAUAACAUAGGCGCAUUUUAACUUAAAAGCUACAGUUGUUUUUUUUUAAAAAGCCUACAUUUAAAAUGUAGUAAAGUACUUUAGAGGGUCAGCGAAUUCUGAUUCUGUAGUAAGGAUCCUCAAAAUGAAUUUUACAGAAUAUUUUGUAAGAUUUUGGUGUUCAAAAAGCACUUUGAAUAUUUUAAGCUUUGACAACUUGAAGGGUGAUUAGGGUACCAAGGCAUUAAGAGAUUUACUGUAAAAUAAAAACCUGUCAAAGUACUUUAUAAUAUCCUAGCCAUAAGUCAGACAAUAGGCUAUGUAUACUUUUUAAGUGUCAUUGAUUACCUUAGUUUGGGAUUUACUGGACACAAGGGGGAAACCUUAACAGAACUUUACAUAAAACACUGAUUCUGGUGCUCGCAUACAGUAUGCAGCUAUAUUUGUUAUAUUAAAAUAUAACAGUCCACAGUACAUCACUAAAGUGAUUGUGCAGUUUUGGAUCCUAGGCUUUCAUAUUAACACUUAUCUCACAGCAUGUUUUUGACAAUAAUACUAUGGUUAUCCUAGACCAAUUAAGACAUUUAUAAAUGAAUUAUAUAUUCACUCAAUAGAUUUGAUUUGCGAUGAGAUGUUAAUGUUUGGGUAGAAAUGUAUUUUUUUUAUAGUUACAAUGUAAGCAGUGUCUUUAAGAGAGAGAGCUGAUAACAUGCCAGGGAAGAUGAAAACAGGGUUAGUUGUAUCCAAAUGGAGAAAUCAGGCAGCUGGCUUGCUGUGGUAAUGUUUAAAUCAUUAAUUUGUAAAUAUAAAAGUACAAAAAACAAAAAAAGGUUAAAAAAAGGUGUACAGUAAAUUAAUUUGUAAACAGAAUUUUUUUUUUACUUAACGCUUUUACUAUUUUAGUACUGUAAUAUUUUCCUAAUACUUUUUUUUAAGCUUUUCUUUUCAGAAUGGUGCUACUCAAUCUGCUACAGUUAAAAUGUGAGUUUAAGAAGUUUAAAGGGGGUUGGAGAUGUUCCUACUUGUCAUAUACCUCAGCUCUUGUACUGAGCAAUAGGAAAAUGAUGAUUCAGAAGUCAGUAGUGUUUUGUACACCAUCAUUGUUUAAUUUAAAAUAGUCUUUAUGACAUAAACUUGCAAUUUUUUUCAUUUUGAUACUUGAUAACUUGAAACUCAAGCUUUUGUUCUACAAGAAGAUCAGGGAUAUUACAACUCUUAUAUUCUCCUUAUGCCAAUACAUCACCUGUGUUUUAAUAUCACCCUUUUAUCUUGUUUUUAUUUUCAGGGAUACUUUCACUUUGUUUAAUCCCUAUUUGGAUUUUAUGUGUAUAGUGGGAUACAUGUACUUGAUGCUUCUAAAAUGAGCGUUAGUAAAGCAAUGGCUUUGUUUUUAAUUCUAAGCGAGAAAAUAUGUAAUAGUUCUUUUUUUUCUUUAAGAAUUUGGAUGAUGUAUGCACUGAGCUGAUAAAAGGGAAGAAAAAGAAAAGAAAUGAGAAGUUUGUUAUUUUCA